AUGUCCCUGCUACAAUCUAUCCAGCAAAGCUACCAUGCUAUCGGAGUGCCCUUCUCUCAGGCCCUGUCCCGUUUUGAGCCUCAGUAUGUGUCCGAGGCCAACUUCGCCAUUGACGCCAACUGCCAGACGGCCUGCAACUUCGUUACUGCUGAUAACUCCACUUUCGAGUCUGUGAUUACUGACUACCGACAGAGCAACACCACCAUCGAAGAGCUUCUCCAGGAGUCUUCUACUUCUAAUGAAGACUUUGCGAAGCUCACUACUGCCGGGUUCGCUAAGUUCCUCCAGUCUGGGCAGCUGCGUCACUCUCAUGCCAUGACGCAGAUUGUCUCCAAGGACGCAAGAAACGCCACUGUUAACGACGGAGGUGACAUGGGCGGCGGAGCUGGAAUUGACGAUCAGGAUGGAGACUCUUCCUCCAGCGCAGCUGGCACUCCUACCACCCUGGCUGUGGCCACUCCUACCUCAUCUUCCGAAGUUUUGGUUCAGAAACUCAAGGAGGAGCUGAGACAAGCGCUGAGUGACCUUUUUGAGCCUUACGAUUAUUCACAGCUGGGUCUGUCUAUGACAAACGGAGACACCCAGGCUACCGGUGGUCCUCUUUCUGUCGGCUAUCACAAGCGAUCAGACACCUUCCGACUCCACUUUGCUACCCGAGACGUGAAGGGCUACCAGAACGGAGUUAAGAUGGUCAUUUCUCCGAUUCGAGACGACCAGAGCGCCUAUGACAAGCUCAAGAACUGGGAGGAAGGCAUGAUCAAAGGCAUCCAGCAGGCAUUGGACCUCUAUGCUUCCAAGGGAGAUGUCAUUGUGGGUGCUUUCACGGACGACAACAAAACCCCGUGGGGCGCCUACUCUAUUCGAGGAGAUUCUGGAGAUUUUACCGAUGCGUGGGAGCAGCCUAGCUUCUGCGGGGCUCUCUCUGUUACCUUCUGCCAGUGCGGAGGUAACUGCUCCUUGUAA